UAUAAGUGGUUUAACUGAAAAUGAUAAUAUUUUGGUCUUUAUGUAUUUUUCUAGUUGCCAUAUCAUCUGGAAGUCUUGGUUUUACAAGUGCAAAUUCCAUUGUCACACCACAAUGGUUAAUGCAAAAUUUUGAUAAUGUUCGUAUAAUUGACGCUUCAUAUGUUGAAACAGCGGCUCUGAACAAUGCCAAAUUCAACACAAACCACCCAGAAAUCAUUAUUAGUGACAUAAAAAGCCCCGAUUUGUACACGGAUGAGCACAUUCCAGGAGCUGUACACUUUGAUCUAGACAUUGGCAGCUACUCAUCAGAAUAUAUCAAGCAUGAUCUGUAUCCACCAGAACAUUUUCAGAAGUAUCUACGAUUAUUGGGAGUGAACAAUGGAGAUCAGUUGGUGAUUUACAGUAACGGUCCAGCUUCUGGAAUGAAGUUUGCAUCAAGAGCUUAUUGGACUUUCAAGAUGUAUGGUUUUACAACUGUAAGCCUCCUGAACGGAGGGAUGGAUGUUUGGAAAGCUGCUGGAGGGCCAACUGACAACGCCGUUGUCACCCCAAAACUUGGAAACGUCAAUGUCAAGUCGUUGGACAACACAAUUUUGGCAAAGUUUGAAGAAAUUCCAUUUAAUAAUUUCGCGGAGACUAACACUGUAUACUUGGAUACUAGGAUUCGGGCACAGUUUGAUGGAGAAGAUCCUCUUGCCACCAAUUUUCCAGGAACCAAAGCCAAAGGAUCUCAUGUUACUGGAGCAAUAAAUUUCCCAAUGGCGAAAGUAAUUGGACCAGAUGGAUUUAUUAGUCAGCAAGACGUUGACGAACAGAUUUCAAGUCUUGGCCUUACUUCUGCCAGUCAGGUUUUCGUCGGAUGUAACACUGGUAUGCAAGCAUCUGUAAUCUUUGUUGCUCUAGAGAGAAGUGGUUUUAAAGCAAAACUUUAUAAUGGAAGUAUGUUCGAAUUGUCCUAUCGCGCACCAGAGCUUGUAAACGCAACUGGGAUUUAGUAUAAAUUAUUCUAUAAAAUGAAACUGUAUUUUCAAUGCGGAACUAAAUUUUAUAAAAUGAUUUUCCGUUUAA